CAGCAGCAACAGCAUCUACUUCGAUAACAGUGAAUUUUCCACCCUUUUUUUCUCUUCAGAACCAGUGGUUUAUUUACGUUCCUAGUUUGCUAGUAGGGAGCAAAAUGCUCUCGUCAAAGCCACGUUAUACCGGAGAAACAAAAAGCCAACUCAGGGAAGGUUUUGGUGUUUAUAACUAUCCAAAUGCAUUCUUUCGAUAUGAAGGAGAAUGGAUGAAAGGCAAGAAACAUGGGCAUGGAAAGUUGAUCAUGAAAGAUGGGGGCUAUUACGAAGGCCAGUUUGAAAAUGGUGAGAUGUCUGGCUCUGGACAAAGAAAAUGGACCAUAAACGGAAAUACGUUCGAAGGAGAUUUCAUGAAAGGGGAACUACAUGGAAAUGGGGUUAUGAAAUAUGGCGAUGGGUCAGUUUAUGAGGGAGAAUGGAAGGAGAAUAGAAGAGAGGGUGAAGGAAUACUAACUGACGCAAAUGGAACUGUUUACAAAGGGUCUUUUUACAAGAACCGAGAGCAUGGUGAUGGGUUGGAAGUUUUAAGAAAUGGUCAGACUUACAAUGGCAGUUGGGUGUUUGGCUCCAAGCAAGGUCACGGUAUUAUGAAGUUCUGCGAUGGAAGUGUUUAUGAGGGACAAUGGCGAUCAAAUAUGUUUAAUGGCGAGGGAAGCUAUGUUCAUUGUUCCGGUGCAACAUACAACGGUAUGUGGAUCAAUGGCAGGCCUGAAGUUGAUGCUACAGAAAUCUAUAUUAACGGAGCACCAGAGAUCGAGAUAGAGCAAGGCCAGUCUUUUGAUUUGGAAAUAUUUUGCAGAAAUAGUAGUGGCGAAGUUUCUCACGAAUCUGGUAGGCUUCUUCUUGUCAUGGGUGGUAUAAGAUCUACUGAAGCAGCAACAACCACCAGAACUUCAUUGUCCGAGGAAACUGGAGACCAGCCUGAAGCUACCUAUUUCAGCACACCAUUUGGCUUUGAUGUGGAACCAUACCCGCUUAUUGAGAGUAGAAAACAACAGCAAAGGCCUGAACAAGAAGCUGAAAGACCCAAUAUCCAAGCAGACCUAAGUUUUGCUAGUACUGACAGUGGGCACGGAGACAAAUCUGUUAGUAAGCAGGUUGCACUGACGCCUAUUACUGACCAGAGUCCGGACAUUGAAAAACAGUCACAUUUUCCACCACAUAAUCAAAAUAGUGAGCAUUUUCAGGAAGAGGCCUACCCAACAUCAUCCGAGGCAACAAAAGUUAGGUUUCAGAAGACAGCUUCAGAAAAAAUAUUUUCUUUUGACGAAGCCACCAGCGCUCAAGUUUUCAUAGAUGAAGAAAGGAACAAUGAUGAAAAAAGUUCAAAUCUGUCGGUGUUAACAGAAGACGGCAGAGUUUCUCUAUGUGAACUUUUGUUCCCACCGCCUCCACAAGCAGCUCAUGGUUCGUUAUUGCGAUCGUCACCUGACAGUGAAGGCAGACUUAGUGUUAAGGGAAUCAAAAAGGCUGAGACAGCAUCAGUUUCAUCUAGCAUUCAUGUUGAAAAAGAAAAAAAGAAAGGCAAAGCAGAUUCGUCGAUAGCAGAUAAUGAGAAGCUAAGAGAUCUAAGGGAUAAAGAUGGCAAAAGAAAAAAGGAGAGAAAAGACGAGAAAGUCACGGAAGAAAAAUUCUGCAGACCAGGCGACUAUGUUGUUAUUGUCCAAGAUAUAACAGCUUCACCAUUUCUUGACACAGUAUUGAAGACUGCAUUUCUACAUGUAAAGGUAGAAAACAAAUCAAAGAAGGGAAAAGCCACAAAUCGCAAGUUGAAUGUCACCUGAUCUUCAUACUUCACGUCUGUGCACACUGUCAUAUACAAUUUCAUGUUCCUUGAUAGAAUACCAAUACAUGAUAGAAUACCUGCAUUCUACUCAUAUUGAAAUAAUGCCAUCCUUAUUUUCAAGGCAUAUUUUUGUUUGCCAGAAGCUGAAAUUUUCGACACAAUUGUAAAAAACCUCUUGUAGGAAAUGGAAAAUUAAAUAAGCGCAAGUAGUGAAAAUUAUGAUUCAUUAGAGAAAACAUAGGUAAAUUUUUGUCGCCGUAACUUGUUUUAAUAUGAGAACUGUUGCACUGAACGUUGACUUUACUCAAAAAGGCAAUUAUUGAAAUUAACUGUCAAAUUAAAA